AUGCGGGAAAUCCUCCAAGCCUCUGAAACAAACCCAGAAACAAAAAAACAGAUAGAAUCCUUGCUGGAACUAUUUAAUAUGAAGCUAUCAAGUAACACAAAUACAAACUAUGCCAUGCUUCUUUUCAUCAACAACCUGUACUACAAAACAGUUGGAAACAUAAAGGACAUCCAAAAACAGUCCGACGAGAACAUACACCGGCUGUACAAGUACAAUAAGCUCAAGGAUACAGCACAGGAAAUUCUUGGAAAACUUGCAGAGCUAAAGGGAGUAACCAAUAAAAAGAUUGCACAGGAGUAUGAUGCGCCUGAAUAG